ACCCACUGGAGAGAGUAGCUAGCGCGCCACUGCACGCACACCCACCAGUCACACAGAGCACAGUACAGAGAGCAGAGCCAUGAACAAGGAGAAGCACCACACGUACGAGAACCACCUCCGGCGCUGCUGCAAUGGCUUCGCGGCAUGCCUCCUGGCGCUGGUCGUCGUCGUAGCAUUCAUCGCGCUCGUCGUCUACCUUGCGCUCCGCCCCACCAAGCCUUCCUUCUACUUGCAGGACCUGCAGCUCCACUCCAUCAACCUCGGGGACCCCUCCCUCUCUGCCACCGCGCAGGUCACGCUCGCCUCCCGCAACCCCAAUGACCGCGUCGGCAUCUUCUACAGGCGCCUCGACGUCUUCGUCACCUACCGCGACGAGCCCGUCACCGUGCCGAUCUCCCUGCCGCCCAUGUACCAGGGCCACCGGGACGUCACCAUUUGGUCGCCCGUGCUGUCCGGGGAGUCCGUGCCCGUCGCCGGAUACGUCGCCGAGGCCAUGAAGCAGGACAUCGCCUCCGGGUACGUGUCGCUGCAGGUCAAGAUCGACGGCCGCGUCAAGUGGAAGGUCGGGACCUGGGUCUCCGGCAGCUACCACCUCUUCGUCAGCUGCCCCGCUAUGCUCGCCGCCGGCCCCGGCGGCAUGCCGCUCGGGGGUGGCCCCAAUGGCACCGGGGGCGCCGUCGCGUCACUGAAAUUCACGCAGCCGACAGGGUGCACCGUCGGCACAUGAUAGAAUGGACCGCUCAUACGGCCGCACGUCCGUACUGUAAGUGGAAGGAAUUACGUAGCCGGCUAGUUCUUCUCUUCGUGUCUCUAAACAAUUUCUGUUUGUUGUUAGUAAUAAAUUGUCUAAAGCUCUCUUAAUUUUUGUAUGUCACGUGUAAUGGGAGAAUAAACUGUGUUGAUAUA